UGUGUGUGUGUGUGUGUGUGUGUGUGUGUGUGUGUGUGUGUGUGUGUGUGUGUGUUUCAUCCACGCUUCAGUGUUCAAUUAGAAAGUGCAUUACAGAGAGAACCUCAUUUUGCACCAGUGAACAUCUCUGCCUGCCUCGUCCUGACAGCUGCUUUAAGACUGGCAUGAGCAGAAGAUCGAAAGGUGAUAAAUCAGAAAUGUGUGACCAUCAAGAAAAAAACAAGAGCAAAAAGCCAGAUGUCAAAGGUCACGCAAUGAAGCAGCACCACUCCAGACAGGACCAUCGUCAUCCCCAUCAUAAUCAUAUUCAUCAUCAUCAUUCCCACCAGUCAGACGACGACGACUCCCAGGACACACGUUCCACAGCAGAAGACAGCUUGCUCAGUGAUCAUCAGCGUUCUUUUCACCAUUACCACCGCACCCCCCGCCAUCGCCGGCUCUCUCUUUCCGAAACGUCUUUCACGUCUUCAUUCGGAUCCUCCUCGUCCUCUUCAUCGACAUCGACCUCAUCUUCUUCGUCUUCCUCAAUCUCUCACUCCUCCUCCUCCUCGUCGGCAUCUUCCUCCAGUCUGUCAUCCGAGAGCAGCAGCGAAGGUUCUGGAAAACUUCUCCUUAGGAGGCCUCAGCACUCCUUGUCUUGCACGGACAUUUCAAGGAAGCCCAAGUCUGUCCAGGACGCUUCGAUCGGUCAAGCAGAUUGUUUACCGAAGCAGAAAUCCAAGUCUUCCGACAACGGCGCUCAGAAGAAGACACAAAAGAAUGCGAUUAUUUCAGCAAAUGAUGGCAAUUUCCGCAAAUCCAAAUCGAUGGAGGCGCUCACUAGCCGCACGGAAGGAGAAGAAGACGCCAGCGAAGAUGAAAAAGAACUGGAAAAAAGAAAAAUCCUAGUCAAACAAAAUUUAUUGAAAGAGAAAAUGAAGUUCUCCGCCUUCCUCAAUGAGAUCACCCGACAGGUGUUGAGCCCAAUGAGACUCAGCACCUUAGGGGUGACGGAUGCACAGAAACAAACAGGAUCCGUCAAAUCCGGGAAGUCGGAGAACAACCAGAGGAGUCGACCUGUCAGCGCCGACUCUGCCAGCUCCAGCACUCAGCUGCCCAAGUCCAAAUCCUCCCACCAGCAUCGCCGCCGUCACUCGCCGGACCCCGGCGAGCACAUGCAGCCCAGACCCAAAAGCUGCCCGGAAAGACGUUCGUCACGGUCGCAAACUUCUCAGCAUCACUCCAAUUCCCCGUCUUGUAAACGCCACCAAGGGAAUCGUCGUCAGCAUCACCGUGGCGACUCCAACGGUUAUCGUCAUCGCGACGCAAGUCCUCACCGCCAUCACAGAUACUACAGUCCUGUCUUUUCCGACUAUGGAGACCACGAUGGUUCCACUCAUCAUCAUCGCCAUCGCCAUGAAGACAAACAUGAUGGCGAGCGAUACAGCCCGGAUGAUCACCAUCGUCGCCAAGACUCUUCUGCUCGACACCACAAUGACCAUAAUUUCCAUUAUCGCCAUGGAGAUCACUAUUUUACCUCUCGUCCCCGUGACGAGCACCACGACCGAACCCCGUCUCAUCAUGAGCUUCACAGCAGGGCAUCAUCACAGCACCAUGACAACCACUUAAAUACAAAACGUCCCGUUACGCCACGUCGAGACUACAGAGACCGCCUCUACCCUAAACAUCACCACCGGGGUGACCAACAUGGCUUUGCUCCGCGUCACAAUUCCGAGGAGCAACAUCAUCACGGUGAUCAACAACAAAGUGCCAUCCAUCACCAGCAUCCACACCAGCGAGGUCAGGCUAAAGAUCACCAUGGAGACCACCGCAGUUCAGGUCGUCAGCAUCAUCAUCAUCAUCAUCAUGGAAACCACCAGAGUCUAAACCAACAUCAUCACCACGGAGAUGACCUCAGCGAGGAGCAGCAGCCUGAUGACGAGGAAAGUUUGUGUCAUAAGCACCGGCAGGGCGAUGAUAACCAUCACCAUGGAAACAAACACGUUCAGCAACACCGUGAAAACCAGCUCCAUCAACACAGUCAUGGAGAACGCCACCAUAGGGACCACCACAGUCCAAACAGUAGAGAUCAACACAAUCACAACAGUCAUCAAGAGCAUGAAGAACACCAAAGCCUGCACCAUCCUGAGUCACAGCAAAACAAAGCCCAACCAAAAAACAACAACAAGGACCCCCACACUGAUGUUAAAAGUCUGCCUGCACACCAGAAGAACUCAAGUAGGAACAGCAGCAGCUUCUGCAGUCAAGAAGAGGAGCAAACUGACUUCACCGGACCUUCAAUACCACAAGAAAGGACACGUGAAACGGGAAAGAUGAUGCUCCUCCAAAAAGACAGUGAAGGUCUCCACCAGAGUUUGUUGAACUCAGCAGUCCCGAUGGAAUGUUUUGGAGAAUUCCUAAGCGGCCAAAAGCUUCUAGAAGAGGAGCUCCAGAGGACGCGUCUGGAAUUGAGCAACCUUACAGAGAAUUUUAAAAUCCUUCAUGAGAACUGUUCAUCCACACAACAGACAAACAACCUUCUAGAACAAAAGCUUAACUCUGUGACUCAGAGUAUGGAAGGGGAGCGUGAGAGGUUAAGCAGACGUAUUUCAGCAUUGACGGAACAACUAGCAGGUGCCACAUUUUCUAACGAUGUGGACGGAUUUAAUGUAAAGUCUGUGUUGAUCAAAAGCAACGACCAUUUUCAUCGGGAUGAUGCCAUCAUUCAGGGGAUCCUCCCCAUUGCCCCUCCUCCCAUCCAAUUCAUGGACAGUCAAAACUAUGAAAAGGUCAAAGCAGGAGGCCAGGAGCAAAGUCUAGGAUCGGUUCCAGAGGAGGAGGAGUCAGACUGGUCAGAAAUGGGGGAAGACAUCCCGCGAUUUCUACUGAACAGAGGCCAAGCAUGGCGGCACAGGGAAGGAGACGUGGACAAAGACAGCGAGUCGGGUGGUGAGGAAAUUGCUCGACGCCACUCUCCUCGACCUCUGCAGAUACCCCAUCUCCAGUUCACGAUUCACAACGAGAUUUUACCCAUCGCGCCAACCAAUGCAUGCCCCUCCGGCAUGACUGGCGACAGCACAUUUAGGAUCACCACAAGUCAGAAUCUUGGUUCCACGAUUCUGAUCAGGUCGGCCAGCCUGGAGGAAAUCCCUCUCGCAUGCCAGCAAAUGCCAAAAGAGCUGAGAGGCACGGAGGCUAUGAUGGACCUCCACCACCCUGGAGGCGAAUCUGUCGAGGAUCUUGAUAACGAGAUUAUUCAUCAUUGGAGAAUAAGCAACGAAAGGGAUGGGAGGGCAUUGGAGGCAGAAAGCGCUCCGUGUAGUCUGCAGUCAGUCGAACAGAUGCUCAACCACUUCAUGAGCGAGCCAAAGAACAGUGAAGGAAGGUGUCAGGGAUGGACAGGAGGAAUGGCAGAAGAGGUGUUUGGAGGGGAGCAAACACAACUGUGAAGCCACUUUAUUGAGCAUUUUUCUUCAGUGAGGUUUUAAUAAUAAUAAUAAUAAUAAUAACUGGGAUUUAUAUAGCGCUUUUCUAAGUACCCAAAGUCGCUUUACAUGUACAUGUUUACAUGUUGUAAAAGAAAGUGAAACCAAUAGGAGGGGUUAAGAUUGUCACAAACAUACAAACAUCUGCAUCGUUACGUGCAACUGAACAGAAAACAAAGACAUUAAUCAUUAUUUAAUAUAACAUGUUUAUUGUAGCACUAGUUUGCAGUGUAAAUAGAUCAGGACCAUGGAUAGCUGCAAGUACCCAAUACUGUAUCAUCACUUAUGAAUAUUCAUGUGUAGUUAUUAGUUAUAUAUUAAGGCACUGUUGAAUAUCUAAUGCAAACUUGUAAAUGUUAAGCACAGUCUACUAAUCCACCCAACUAAACCAAGCUCAACUAUUUGCCCACAAUAGACCCAAAUGAAGAGACCUGGUUGCCACAUUUGGCUCUACACGCCUUGACGUGCAAGAGGACUAAAGAAAGAAGAAAGACAGUCUAUUAAAAUCUUGUAAAAGUAGCUGUCAUGAUCUGGCAGUUCUGCUGCAGCCUGUCUGCUUUUUGUUGCAGUGCCUGGUUUUCGGGUCACACUUGAUAUUCAUUUCUUCUUGACUACUUAAGUUCUCCAGUUCAUUCACUCGGCGCCAGUAGAUUCCUGAUGGUUAACCCUUCUAGUUGUGUUCAUCUCCUCUGCUCUGGCUCCACUCACGUUUCUCGUUUCUGUGGCUCUGCCACCGGCGCUGCCGUGUAGUGUUGACUGUUUCCUCUCUACAACUUUUGUAUGCGUUUUCCAAUUCUUAAGACCUUUUGUUUGCAUCCUUCGUUGUUUUUCCUCACUCCUUUUUGAAUGUGCUGUUUGUUAUCAUUGUUAUUGUUUCUUCUCUACGUUGGGGUCCUAAAGCCAAUCGUGACAGUAGCCUAACGUUAAAGACGUUUGUGAUAUGCUGUAUGUAGUAAUAGUAUGUUUUGUUUUUGUAAUAGACCUACUGUACAAUUGUAAUAUUAAUAUCAACCUAAUGUGUGGUAAAAUAUGUUUCCUCUGUGAUGUUAAUAAUUAGAGAAUACAGUAUAUAAUACACAAUUGCUUACAUCUGGCCAUGUACUACUAAUACAAUUACAGUCUAACAAAGACACUAUUAAAAUCCACGAUGUGCUUUUUGUAAGCUACUUUUUGAACACAUUCAUUCAUGCCUGAAAAUUAAUAACUUUUUAAUACAAUACCAACACUGUAAAAAUAUUACCAGGCUUCCACAGCAUUUAACAUUGUUUUUUUCAGAAUGAUAUACUGUAAUCAAAAUUUGCUGUAACAUUACAACAAAUUACUGUGAAAAGUAUUAGUUUUGAUUAUUCAAUUAAGUAUCCAUCAAUCCAUCUUUUUCCGCUUAUAGAUCAUGUCUUGGGGGAAGCAACCUAAGCAGAGAAGCCCAGACUUCCCUCUCCCCAGCCACUUCGUCCAGCUCCUCCCUGGCCCAGCUGGGAGACAUAAUCUCCCCAACGUGUCAUGGGUCUUUGCCAUGGCCUCCUACCUAGUUACUUAUUUAAUUAUUAAUCAUUAGUAUGCUGUUAAAACAAGAGAGUAAUUAACUAUAAAAGUACAACUGUGAAUUUAUAGCAUUUAGUUGAAACCUUUUUGUAAUUAACUAAAAUCACAGCUCUGCUGUUACAGUAAAUUGCUGUAAAGAUAAUUCCCAGCAAUUUACUGUAAAUGUUACUGUGAAAGUAAUGCAAUUAUUAGCCAGUACUUUGCUGGAAAUUUAAAAUAAACGGGUUUUUUUUACAGUGAACUGUUCAAGUGGAUAAAAAAAUGUUUUAUUUGCGACAGUGAUUAUGAUGUGAAAUAUAUUCUAAACUUUACCCAUGCAAAAUGUUAUGUCUACAAAUGAUCAAAGAGAACACCUGGAAUAAAAUAAUACAUUAUUGAAAUGGACAGACUUUUUAAUUUGCUUAGCAAACUGGACAAACUAAUUUUCCUUAUUACAUAUGAAUUAUACAUUGUACUCCUCUUUUAGCAUUUCGUAUCUUUUCACUAUUUGUAUGUGAUGUUUAUUGUACUUGUUUGUGUAUAUAUGCAGUAGUUGAUUUCUAAUAGUAUUGCAUUCAAGUGUGUAUCUUAUUACAUAAACCCAAUAAAGAA